GAGCUUCAUCUAUGGCUUGCUGACGCGAGGACGUCCGGUCCCUCUGAACAUCGUCAUUUCCUCCUUCAUCUUCUGCACCUUCAAUGGCUUCCUGCAGGGACACAACCUGCUGCACUGUGCCCGCCUCCACAACACCUGGCUGAGCCACGCCCGCAUUACUUCAGGGUCUCUGCUGUUCCUCGGUGGUCUCAUCAUGAACAUCCACAGCGACUAUAUUUUGCGAAACCUGAGAAAACCUGGAGAGGUAGACUACAGGAUCCCCCGCGGUGGGAUGUUUGAGUUUGUGUCUGGAGCCAACUUCCUGGGAGAGAUCAUCGAGUGGUGCGGGUAYGCCAUCGCAGCCUGGUCUCUACCGGCCUUCGCCUUCGCCUUCUUCACCGUCUGCUCCAUUGGACCCAGAGCCUACCAGCACCACAGAGAUUACCAGCAGAGGUUCAGGGAUUAUCCUCGGUCCAGGAAAGCCCUGAUUCCCUUCAUCUUCUGAAGAUGAAAAGUCUGAUCUUCUUAAUAAAACCCUGAUGAAAACAGAA